AUGAAUCAACCAACUCAUAUUAUCGAUCCAGACGGUGAAGUGAUCAUCAUAUUGCGCAAUGCAAACUCUCCUUUUGCACAAGCACUUGAAGAUAGGGUGAGUCGAACGACACUUCCAGAAUUCGGUCAAUGUGUCCAGAGUCCUGCUGAAGUGAUUAAACCCCCGCAAACCCAUUCGAGGAAGCUAACGACAAAGUGCAAAAAGCAACAGAAUCCGAAAGGCAUUCGGACCCCUCGUGAAGCAGCAUCCCUUCUUGGACCAGCUGCAUUUCCAGGACCAGCACCGAUCCGAGACCCCGUUACCGAACAGCAUGUUGCCGAACAGCCCGUUGUUGAAGAGCCUGCUGUCGAGGAGAAAAUAUGCGAACCCAUUGUCGAGCGUUGUUUCUACAUUCGAGUCUCUGCCAAGCAUUUGAUAUUUGCGCCCCCGGUGUUCAAAAGAAUGCUCACGGGUGACUCAAUUGAAAUUAUUGCAGAGGGUUGGGACAUCGAAGCUUUCUUGGUUGUGCUUCAUACAAUUCAUGUCAAACACAAGGACAUACCGCGAACGCUUACCCUUGAGAUGCUCGCCAAAGUUACUGUCAUAGCGGACUACUAUGAAUGCAAGGAAUCGCUCUACUUCAUGACAGACAUCUGGCUCUACCGAAUGGAUGAAGAGAUUCCUAAGAUAUAUUCUCGGGACUUGAUGUUGUGGUUGUGGGUUUCCUGGUUUUUCCAGCUCCCUUUGGAGUUCGAAGAAUCAACAUCAACUAUCAUGACAUGCAGUGAAAAUGUGAUUAGUGGAUGGGAACUUCCUAUCCCUAAUAAAGUCAUCGUAUCUAAUGGAAUCUCAGGGUUGAUCAACAAAUCGAGAGAGGGGGCUAUAAAUACAUUGGUUCUCCUUCAUACAACACUGGACGCCUUCCUGAGCCGCAGUCGAGGCUGUUGUUUUGAGUGCAGCUCAAUCAUGUAUGGAGCUCUUACGAUGCAUAUGGAGGCACUUCAUCUUCUUUCACCGAAGCCCGCAGCUCCUUUUCUAGGUUUGAAUUACGAGGAUCUCUGGCAGAAGGUACGGUUAUUCACGACACCGCAUUGGCAUGAUUGCUACUCUAGGUGUGCACGUACCUACCCCCACAGAUGUCCCGAUUCCUACUUUGGAUCAAUAUUCGCGGACUUGAAUGACUGUGUUGAAGGCUUGGACCUUGAUAGCCUUGACUCAAUUUAG